CGCCCCGGAAUUGCGCGAGGCCUGCGGAUGAGGAUGGACUCCGAGCGCGAUGGCUUGAUUUUGUCUAUAUCGUAGGCUUCACGGUAUAUAAGAUCAUUGGACCGUCCGUUCCACUUUGAAUCCUCAUCCGCAGCAGCCACUACAUUCACUGAGCCAUACAUUCAUUCUCUCCGGCUACCGCAGACCACCAAACAGUCCAGUCACUUUUUCCAAAAUGAAGAGCAUUCUCCUCGCCGCCGCCAUGAUCGCUGCCGCCUCUGCCCAGCAGGGUGCGUACCAGCAGUGUGGAGGUAUCAACUACACCGGUGUCACGACCUGUGUCACUGGAUACACCUGUUCGGUCAUCAAUUCCUACUACCACCAGUGUAUUCCCGGCACUGCGGCCACCACCGCCCCAGCCACCACCGCCGUUCCUUCUUCGACCACCCCGACUUCUGCCGGACCCUCGACUACGGUUGUCACAUCUGGAGUUACCUCUGCCCCCGUGGUCACGGCCACUGGAAACCCCUUCGCCGGAAAGACCCAGUGGGCAAACCCCUACUACGCCUCGGAAGUCUCCAGCAUCGCCGUCCCGUCGCUGGUCGCCGCUGGAAAGACUGCCCUCGCCACGGCUGCCGCAAAGGUUGCCAAUGUCCCCUCGUUCACUUGGCUCGAUACCCGCGCCAAGGUCCCGAGCAUGCGCACCUACCUCACGACUGUCCGUGCCUCCGGCGCCAAGAACGUGAUCGUCCCCUUCGUCGUCUACGAUCUUCCCGACCGUGAUUGCGCUGCCGCCGCAUCCAACGGUGAACUCUCGAUCGCCAACGGCGGUGCCGCGCUCUACAAGACCGAGUACAUCGAUGUGAUCCGCGCGACGCUCCUCGACUUCUCCGACAUCCCCAUCGUCCUCGUCAUCGAGCCCGAUUCCCUGGCCAACAUGGUCACCAACAUGGGUGUCACCAAGUGUGCCAACGCCGCCGAGACGUACAAGACUCUCACAGUUUACGCCAUCAAGCAGCUCGCCCUGCCCAACGUGUCCAUGUACAUUGACGGUGGUCACGGAGGAUGGCUAGGUUGGCCCGCCAACCUUCCCGGUGCCGCGACCCUGUACGCGCAGAUCUGGAAGGAUGCCGGUUCCCCCGCAAACCUCCGUGGUCUCGCUACCAACGUCGCUAACUACAACGGAUGGUCGCUCGCUACCUGCCCCUCAUACACCACCCCCAACCCCAACUGCGACGAGAAGCGCUACGUCGAGGCCGUCACCGCCGCGCUCGCCGGACAGGGCUGGACCGACACCCACCACAUCGUCGACCAGGGCCGCAGUGGAAAGCAGCCCACCGGCCAGCUCCUGCAGGGUGACUGGUGCAAUGCCAUCGGCACCGGCUUCGGCAUGAGGCCCACCAGCGACACCGGACACGCUUCCGUCGAUGCCUUCGUCUGGGUCAAGCCCGGAGGUGAGUCCGACGGUACUUCAGACACCAGCGCUACCCGUUACGACUCCCACUGUGGCCUCAGCGACGCCCUGAAGCCCGCUCCUGAGGCUGGAACUUGGUUCCAGGCUUACUUCGAGCAGCUGUUGACCAACGCUAGCCCUGCCUUCUAAGUGCGUGCGGAUUGAUGUGGGGAAGAUGAGGAGGAGGAGAUGGAUAUAGGAUAACACUCGUUUAUGAAAAUUGCCCCAUGUAUUAUUAGAUGUAUUUUUGGAGAAAUGGAGGAUGAAAAUGGAAUGUAUUAUUGUUUCUACUGGA